AUGCACAAACUUAUCGAAUCAGAAAUUUGGCUUGCCUGUUCAGCAACUAGAAAUACUAAUAAUCAAACUCUUGAUUGCAUUGAUUGCAUCGAUUUAGCGUUGAAGUUGGGAAUUAAAUUAUGCCAAAGUCUUCCCGCCUUCCAUGCAUUUACAGGUUGCGAUUACACGGCAGCCUUUUACAACAAAGGGAAAGUAAAACCUUUUCAGCAAUUUUCGAAAAAUGAAAAAUAUCAAACAGUUUUUGCAUCAUUAACAGAUGCUGCUGAUAUUUUCAUUGAUGAAAAAAUGAAGACCGUUCAAGAAUUUACGGCUAGUAUGUACGGUAUCAGGAACUGCACCAGUGUGAAUGAUGCGAGACAUCGUAUUUUUAUGAAAAAUUACUCUGCAAAAGAAGACAGCGAGCACUUUUAA